AUGGCUCUCUUCCAGCGCAGCAAGUUCUUGGCACUGGUUCCGGCCGUUGCUCUUGCCCAAAACUCCUUCUCGGCUGCGCAGCAGCUGCAAGCAGAAGUGGCCCUUCGAACCAACAGCUCCUGGCAUUUGGGUGGCUUCUGCAUCGGCAAGGCUCCCUCCGGUACGUCGAAGGCAGCAGAGAUCACAGCCCACGUCGACUGGGAAGGCACCAAAAAGUUGGGUGAAACCGGGCCGGUGAUGCUCGUGGCCUACGACGCAC